ACUCCAUUGAGCUUAUUUUCAUCCGAAAUCAUCAAAUGGCAACAAAACCAGAACAACUUCCAUUAGUUGGUGUUCUAACACCUUUCCCAUUCAUCCUUUCAUUUGAAGAAAAAUUCUCAAACCAAUUCCAAACUCUAAAACCAACUGACCCUUCAAUACCCUUACAUGAAUUUCUCAAAAAACAGUGUCAAUCUGUAAGAGCCGUUAUAAGUGGAAUUGAAAUUGCAGUCACUAAAGAAUUCCUAGAUUGCUUACCUUCUUUAGGUUGUAUACUUCUUACUUGUGUUGGUCUUGAUAACAUUGAUUUGGAUGAGUGUAAGAAAAGAGGUAUUUUCAUUGGAAAUGCGGGUACUUGUUAUUCAGAAGAUGUUGCUGAUUAUGCUGUUGGUCUUUUAAUUGAUGUUCUUAGAAGAAUUUCUUCUGGUCAUCGGCUCGUUCGUUCUGGGUUAUGGCCCAUCAGCAAAGAGUAUUCUCUGGGUUCUAAGCUAACUGGCAAGCGAAUAGCAAUUGUUGGGUUGGGAAGUAUCGGGUCCGAGGUAGCCAAGAGACUUGUGGCGUUCAACUGAAUUAUCUCAUACACCUCAAGGAAUAAGAAGCCAUCAGUUCCAUUCUCCUACUAUUCCAAUGUUGUUGAUCUCGCAUCCCACAACGAUGUUCUCAUCUUAACGUGCGAACUGAAUAAACAAACCUUUCAUAUCGUUGAUAAGGAUGUAAUGUCGGCAUUGGGAAAGAAGGGAAUCAUCAUAAAUGUUGGAAGAGGAGCUCUGGUUGACGAGAAGGAAAUGGUGCGGUGUUUAGUGCAAGGAGAGCUUGGUGGUGCUGGGUUGGACGUAUUCGAAAAUGAGCCUCACGUUCCCAAAGAACUCGUUGAAAUGGAUAAUGUUGUAUUGACUCAUCACAAUGCUGUGGAAACUCUGGAAUCAUAUACGGAUCUCCAUGAACUGGUAAUUUCUAAUUUGGAAGCUUUUUUCUCGAACACACCGUUGCUGUCUUUAGUCAAGUACGAUUGAAAUGGCUGAUCCAUUUUACUUCUAGGUUCAGAUUUUAAUGAAAUGUCAUGUUUAAGUUUGCAGUAUUUAAACUAUGUUGUAGGCUCACUAGACAAAGAAACAACUCAUGGGAAGUUUUAUUUGUAAUUUACCUAAGCAUCAUUGCAAGAUACUUCUUGUUUUUUUUUCUCAGAAUCACUGCAAGAUACUGAAAAAUA